GCCAGGCGGGAAGGAAACUACACUUCCCGACAGGCUGCGUUUCCGGCGGAGGGAAAAAGCGGAGAGGGAGGGGAAGCAGGAGGAGGAGAAGAAGAAAGCGACAACAUGGCGGCGUCGUCGUCCAUUCCUCGGGAGCGGGAGCUGUGAGGAGCAGCGGAGCCCCGGAUGUGACUGCGGCCAGGGCCUGCUUUGGGGAAGGAGCGGCCCUCAGCCGCCGCCGCGUCAGCCAUGGGCGUGCAGGGCUUCCAGGAGUUCGUGGAGAAGCGCUGCCCGGGGGCUGUGGUCCCCGUGGACCUCUUGAAGCUGGCCCGGGCCCGCGGCGGAGUGGGGGCAGGCGGAGGCCCCGCGGCCUACUGCGCCCACUUCCACGCGCCGCCGCCGCCUGGGGCCUUCCCGCACCCGAUGGCAGCCGGGCCGGGGCCCUUCCCGCCCGCGCCGCCGCCCUCCCCGUGCCCGGCCCGGCUGCUGGUGGACGCCGACUCCGCCCUGCAGCGCCUCUACGGCGGCUACCAGACCGACUGGGUCUGCGGCGGCCAGUGGAACGCCAUGGUGGGCUACCUGGCCGCCCUCUCGCAGGCCUGCCUCUACCAGGGCGGCCUGGAGUUGGCUGUCAUCUUCAACGGCGGGCUGGGCAAGGAGCGGCUGCCCGAGUGGGGCAGGAAGGCCCAGGCCGAGCGGCAGACGGCGCAGCUCAUCGCCGGGCACGUGGGCAACAAGGGCACCCCGCCGCCCCGCGCCUGGUUCCUCCCGCCCGCCUGCCUGGCCCACUGCGUCCGGCUCGCCAUGAUCCGCUUCCGCGUCAAGGUGUUUCAGAGCCUGGAGGAUCAUCACCAGGAGGUUGUGUCCUUCUUCCGGGAGAAUGGCUUCCACGGGCUGAUUGCCCAUGACUCGGAAUUUGCCCUCUACAACAUACCUUCGUACUAUAGCUCCCAUGCCCUCAAACUGAGCUGGAAUGGCAAGAACCUCACCACUAAUCAGUUUCUCAUGCAAGAGGUGGCCAAGCAGUUGGGUCUCAAGCUGAGCAGCUUUCCCAUCUUUGCUGCCUUGCUAGGGAACCACAUCCUUCCGGACGAGGAUCUGGCUGCCUUCCACUGGAGCCUGCUUGGACCAGACCACCCAUUGGCUUCGCUUAAGGUGCGUGCCCACCAGCUCGUCUUGCCACCCUGUGAUGUUGUCAUCAAGGCUGUAUCCGAGUACGUCGGUUCCAUCAAAAAUCCCUCCAACUUGGAUGCAAUCGGGAGAGAUGCCUUCAAGCACUCCCAGUCCAGAACCGAGGAUAAAAUUGAGCGUUUCAAGAAGGCUGUAGAAUAUUAUUCAGUGGCCACGAAGGCACCCCCUACGCCAAUGGGCCAAUCCCCGUAUGUUCUCCCAGCCUUUGGGCCCAACCAUUUUGGAGGGGCAGCACCUAUGAAUCGCAAUCCGGUGAUACCUCUUCCUUCUGGGAAGGCCAUGUUUGCACCUCAUAUGGGGCCAAAGAUGCCGUACCAGCCACCAGGGCCACACGGUGGUGUUGCUGCCCCCUCAUCGUUUCUUCCUGGCCCCGGCUCCAGUUUUCUCUUUUCACCUCAUGGACUGACGGAUCCUUCCGCCCCGUUCCAUGAAGACCCUUCCUUGAAGGGGGGACACUACAACAACUGGUCUAUACCUUAUGACAACUCACAUGCCAAGUUCUCUAACCACCACCUGAGCUCCAAACCUUCCCCAUCAUCUGGUCCUGGCUCUUCGCCUUCCUCUUCAUCUGAUGGAGAAGAACACAAUGGAACCAGCUCCAACCAUGUAUCUGAAAGCGGACCUCGCAAGUCUGGCUGGGAGGAUCCUGGGAAUGACAAGGUGAUGAGCCAAGGCUGGGGGCAGCCACCAGGGGGCAGCAGCAACCAAGAGAGGAACUUGAGUGGGUCCACUGAGGCCCACAUCCCCUCACUGCUCUCCAUGGCCACACGUAACCACAUGGACAUCACCACACCACCCCUGCCCCCAGUUGCCCCCGAGGUGCUUCGUGUGGCUGAACACAGGCAUCGCCGUGGGCUUAUGUACCCUUUUAUCUACCACGUCCUCACCAAGGGUGAAAUCAAGAUUCCUGUGUGCAUUGAAGAUGAAUGCAAUACAGAGCUGCCCCCUGCGGUUGUCCUUUUCCGGGCUGCCAGGCAGUAUGUAUAUGGGGUUCUCUUCAGUGUGGCUGAGACUCAGCGGCGGCUGGAACGCCUGGCUGUGCGCAAGCGCAUCCCGGUGGAAACUCAUCCUGUUAUCAUUAAAGAAUGGUCAGCGUACAAGGGGAAGUCACCCCAGACUCCAGAACUGGUCUCAGCCCUUGCCUUUCGGGAGUGGACUUGCCCCAACCUCAAGAAGCUAUGGUUGGGCAAAGCUGUGGAAGACAAGAACCGACGCAUGAGAGCCUUCCUGGCCUGCAUGAAAUCAGACACGCCUGGCAUGCUUAACCCUGCCAAUGUCCCUACACACCUGCUGCUUAUGUGCUGUGUGCUACGGUACAUGAUCCAGUGGCCAGGGGGGCGGAUCCUGCACAGGCAUGAGUUGGAUGCCUUCCUGACCCAGGCUGUUUCAGCUCAGCUGUAUGAGCCAGAUCAACUUCAAGAACUGAAGAUUGAGAAACUGGAUCCCAGGGGUGUUCAGCUGGCUGCUUUGUUUAUGAGUGGGGUGGACACAGCCCUCUUUGCCAAUGAUGCUUGUGGGCAGCCUGUGCCCUGGGAACAUUGCUGCCCAUGGAUCUACUUUGAUGGGAAGCUCUUCCAGAAUAAGCUGAUCAAAGCCACACGGGAGAAGGCACCCCUCAUCGACCUCUGUGAUGGACAGACCGAGCAGGUGUCCAAAGUGGAGAAGAUGAGACAGAGCAUCUUGGAAGGCAUCAACCUCAACCGCCAGGCCCCACCACCCCUUCUCCCGCCUCCACCCUUUGUAUCCUCUAUGGCCCCACCUUUUUACCCAAUGCCUCUUUACCCUCGCACUUUUGGCUCUAUCCAACCACCAGGCCCUGGAAGGACCAGAGGCUUCACAGGACUGCAUCCUAUCCCUCCACAAGGGGGCAAACUGGAGAUUGCAGGGAUGGUGGUGGGCCAGUGGGCCGGAAGCAAACCCUCCCGAGGGCAGGGCUCCUUUGGCAUGCAAGUGGUCUCAGUUGGUGGGCCAGGGAAAGGCCGUGGCCGUGAUAACUCUGGAAAAUCCCCCAAAGGAAACAAGAAAGUGAACAAACAAGGUUCAACGGACGGGCCUGCAAAAACACCCGAGUUCAACAACAACAACAGUGGCAGUGGUGGCAGCAGCAGUAGCCGUCCCCAGUCCCAGGUGAAUGGGAACACGAGCACCACCCCCGCGGUGGGUGAGGACUCAGCCGCUGGAGCAUACCCCUCAGCCACAUCACCUUGUGCCUUAGCCAGAGACGCUGACUCAUGCAAUAACAAUAGCCCCUUCUUUGGGACGCUGAGUGGGGACCCUGAACGAUGCUCGGAGAACAAGCUUUCCUUCCAAGCUCUGCAGAAAGAGGAGUGAAUAGAAGCCACUGUGGCUCCGAUUGGUUGGCAAAUGGGUGGGGUGGAGAAAGAAGAGGUGGUGUCUCCAUUACUUUGCGAGUGUGGAGGGUAGAAAGAGGGGAAGAUGUAGCAAAUUCCUGGAACACUGAUAUUAUCAAAUGCUGUGGGGCUGAGGGAUCGCGGGUGGAGCUUUCUAGAUACCUCACACUGCAUCUUUUUGAGGGUCUCUAUGAUGAGGUUUGCUUUCUUGUCAGCAGGAAAUAUUUUCAUAGUGUGCGAUCAAGUGAAAUGCCAUGGGGCUCUCAUCCCAACCUGGGUUGUGACCACAUCAGCUUUUUGCACUCUUCCCUUUGAAUUUGCUAUUGUGCCAAUCGGAUCCAUGGAGGCAGGAUAUUUUUUCUUCUUUUUAAAGUUUAUUUGAGUUUUGAUUUAUUAUUUUUUAUUUUAUAGUGGGGGAGGGAGUAUUUUUAGGGGACAAGAAUUAUGGAUUUGGGGAAGGGGAUAUUUUUAAAGAAAAAAAAAGCCGGCAAGGUUUUAUUUUAAAGUGGGGCAGAUUUUUCCUGCCUGCCUUGUUUAUUUCUUGCCAACUCCCCCACCAUCAGGCCAAAUAGCAGUGUUGCUUUGGAUGAUGGUGGUAACGGUGUGGAGUCAAGCGAGGGAGACAAAAUAAUUUUUAAAAAAGAGAGAGCGAGAGAAAGAUUGGCACAGCUGUCACGGCGUAUAUGCAAAAGUAUAUGUAGAGUGGUCAGCCUGUGCUUUUUAUUGUAUAUGAAAGAGAGAGAGAUUAUAUUUAUAUAUAACAUGAAUAGAGCUAUAUAUAAAUAUGAAGGCGGCAAACCCGGAAGGGUUGAAAAUGUUCCCGGGAGACAACUUACGUUCCAAAGCGCUAUGCGUUUUAUGAAUUAAAGGCCUGCUUAGCUAGUUCCCAGUGACGGGCCUUGUAAACAAGGUUGCUGGGACACCAUGUGUCAGGUCUCUUGAUAUCAGACAGAAAACUUCUUAUCCUAAAAACAGACAAGCACUUGCUGUUGCAUUUUCCAGGACUGUGGGCAAAUGACAUGGUUGUGACCUGAAAAGGGGCAUAUUGCCAUUCGCUUUGCAAGUUGGGGGUGGGGUGGGGUGGGGGGUUGGGGAGAUAAUAGUAUCAGUCCUACCCAGAGCCUAGUGGAUGAUGGUAGCGAUGGUUGUUAGGGUUCUAGUUCUUGCCCUUGUUAAAAAUGGCUGAGAGAAUAUGAAUCAAAGUCUUCGCUACAGACAUGUACUCUGCCACUUCCGUACACAGUCUAGAAUCUGAUCAGUUGGCAUCUUAGGAAUCAUAGGUAUUAGCUAUAGAACAAUAACUGACUAUAAUUUUAGUGCUAACAGUUAUGAGAACGUUUUUAAAGGCGUGGAUAGCUUCUUGAAAUUACUGGUCAAGGUUUUCAAUGCCUCAUUGGCAUAGGUUUUUUUUUUUAAACUAGGAUUCCCAGCAUUCCUCCACAGCCAUCUUAGUUGGAUUCUGAGAGCUGUAGUACAGAGAAGUAAUUUUUCUAAGCUCUGGUGCUGGGCAUGGCUGGGGAAUGUCCUUGCCCCUCUGGAUUGGCUACUCUUUUUGCCCCCAUCAUAUAAUGUAUUUUUAACACAGUGUAUUUGCUUACACUGUGGGUAAAAUGGGUGGUUUAAAAGAGAUUAAUUUGAAGUGGAAGUUAGGGCAAACAAGAACACAAGUCUGUGAAAAAGAGAACUUUAAAUAAUUUCCCCAACUGGCUCCAUGCAUGGAGAUUUGCGGUGAAGCAUGUCCUUGGCUCAUGCUUCAGAAUCUGGAUGACUAGAUUUUUCAGAAAAAUCCUACAGUUCUCAAAUGUGCUUUGAUUUUAACUUCCUCCUCAGUCACUUUUCCUCUCCAGCUUCCUCCACAAAACAUAAGAUUGUUUUGGGUAGUUCCACCUCUGACAUAACCAGGACAGACAAAAGAAAGUACUUUAUAACAGUGCAUAAGAAGUGAAUGCAGUUCUCUUUCACAAGAUAAACAGUCAGAUCUAUUUGUAAACCGAUUAGACAAAUUCAAGGAAAAGCGGUAUAGCUGGUUAAGCUAGAAGGAAUGCACACAAUCAAGGACAAUAUAGUCUUGAAUCUAAAUUUCUGGGAAACAAACCAGGGAGGGAUAUUCACUCAUCCAUUCUCUAAUUGGCAACAGUGAAUAUAAAAGGACAGUUAAAAUCUGUUUUAAGCAGGUUGGAGAGCUCACUUCUGUUGUGUGUACUUCUAGUUAUUGGUUUCUAAGUAAUUGCGAAGACUUUACUUGGCUUGAGAUCACAACAGUCAAGAUGCUGAAGACCCUUCAUUCCUGGCCUCUCUCAGCUUUGUGGACAUCGGUGCCAAUGAGAGAAAUUUUCCCCCAGAGGAAGUGCCAUAAUUUGAAGCUGCACGCCAGUCCCUUUUCCCUCAGCAAGCAGAUUCCAAGGGGAAGACAGAAACCUUUUUUGGCAGAGAUGUGCACUGCUCACUUGCUUUUAGAUGAGGCAAUGCAGGUUGCCUUCAGCAAAAUCAAACAAAGAGCUUGAAUUGUAGGUUUAAUAAAUGGCAGUCCUGCAAAAUAUUAUUAUUUAUUUAUUAUUUCGAACAUUUCUACCCUGCCCUUCUCAACCCCUAGGGGGACUCAGGGCAGCUUACAAUUGGCAAUAAUUCAAUGCCGCAUCAUAAAAUACAGAAUACAGAAUAACAAAUAUAACAAUUAACAUUAAUAAAUAAAGAUUAAAACAGUAUACUUACACUCUGAUUAGCUAUUGCCCGUCUGGUGGCUGUUUAGCUAGCCAUCUACUAAUGAAUAUUCCAUUUAACUUACCCAAAUCCUCUUCCAUGCCAUAGUCAAACAAUAUCAAUUGUCCUACAGCCACGUUUUAACCUUUUUUCUAAAGGUGAGGAGGGAUGACGAUGACCUAAUAUUGAACCAAAUACAUUUUAGAAAGCUCAGCAAUAUCUUAACAUACAAGCUUCUUGGUUAUAUAUAUCUCUCCUUGACACCAAAUAUUCACAAAGUGAGAACGCCCAGGAACGAGGGUCUUUACCAUCUUGACUGCUGUGAUCGCAAGCAAAGAAAGGUCUUCCCAAACCUCUAUAGGGUGAGGCAGCAUAACUUCCUUUUUUCAAAACUUAAUAAAACCCAUUGUAUGAAUCAGAAUUUUUUAAUAUAAUGUAGGCGCAUACCUAAAGUUUUGUUUUAGGUAGUUUUGAAGACCAAAUUAGAUAGGUGACGUCCCCCAAUCUCCAUACACUGACGUUGGCGUUUGUCAUGACUCUUGCCAGCAUAGCAGGCGUUACGUUGGCAAUUUCUUCCUGGAUGUUGGUCUUCAAAUCUUGUAGGGUCCUUGGACAGUUCACAUAAACACGAGAUUUCAAAAAACCCCAAUCACAAGGGGCCAGAUCUGGAGAGCAGGCCGGCCACUCCAAAUCCGCUCGAAAAGUAGGCCUCAGCAGCAAAAGCACACUCCUCACUGUUCCAACGCAUGAUGGCGACUGAACUGUGUCAGGACAAAACUUUAUACUCCCGCCUCUCGAACGAGACCACUAGCGCUCCGCUACGUCUUCAACCGACUGAAUGGCGCGCAUUUUAAAAAAGGAAAUUAUGCUUCUUCGCCCUGUAUUAACUUGAAAUACAUAGAAAGUAUGUCUGGUGGGGAAGCAUGUAGAGUUAACGGCAUUGUGUUCGUAUAGUGGAUCUCACUCUAAAGAAAACAAAGUUCAAAUUGGGGCCGGAGUACCUUUUUUUAGUUGUCUUAUGUAGCAUGGCUGUAGAAAAAGGCAGGACUUAAAACUUAAUACCAGUAAUUUUAAUUAGUUUUUUUUUUUUAAGAAAACAUCCUAGCUUCCACUUCAGAUAAUUUAAAUCAAUCUUGGAGAGUUGGUGGGGAAGAAUGAACUGUUUUAAAUCCUGAUUGUACCCUCACAUGCUCUGCUCUGGGUGGGAAUGAUGUGGUGGUAAAAGGCACUCACUUUAUUCCCAGGGUUAUGGGUGGGAAGGAUAUGCAUAAAUCACCCUGACACAAUGAUACAUGUGUUAAACAAACAGGACAUUGCUUACCCUUUUCCUUGGGUUCCUGAAAAUGUUUGGGAAAGGGAUUGGCGCCUUGAAGAGGUGUCCCAGGGAGAAGGGAUUUAGCACCCUUUUUUCGCCGGGGGUGUUUUUGCCACUUUAACUUGACAGUAUUGUCUGCGGGGGAAGGACAACUUCCUCUCUCUGCCAAUGGCAUAAAUUUCCAAGCAACUUAACCAUUGCCAAUUCUGAGGUUGUACCCCAGAAUUUGAAGACAUCUACCUGCUUGGGUUGGUGAGUUGCAACCCAGGUUUGGCAUAUCGCUGCAAUAUCACAUGGGGAGGGGGCCGUUCGAGCUGUUUCUCAGUCUUCUGCUGUAAUUUUCUCAUACAUAUUUCCAGUGCUUGAGAAGUGGAAUACUUUGCUACUGGAUCCAAUCUUUUUUUCUGUAUUUUUUCUUUAGCAUAUGGCCAGGGAAGGUAUUGCUAUAGGAAGCAGAUUAAUUUGACUUUCUUACCUGAACGAGUCACAAAAGUUAGCGAGACUCAGGUACAGGCUAACCCCUCUUAUACUGUAGCAGGAAAAUAUAGUAGACUCUCCGGAUCUGUGGCUUCAGAUCAGCAGUUUCGACCAAUUGGGGGUCAUCAUGUCCUAUGCAUAAAAUGGCAGCAGCACGAACAUGGAUGUGCUGAAGUGGUUACACACAUGUUGCUGCCAUUUAAUAAUAUGGGACGUGGUAGUCUACUUUUUAAGGCCACCACUUGGGAGGGUCGGGUCCAAGAAUCAAAUCCACUCUACUAUUGUGGAUUUCUUACUACAGGGGUUUCUAUCCGCUAUUUUUCUGCAGAUGCACAGACUGUAGCACUGGAGGAGGUAUAUCCAGCUUCUUCAGAAUCCUAGUUUCUUCCAUUUUAAAAUUUGUGAUUUCUUUGGUACAUCCCUCAAAGUGCGGGAAAUGCCUAGAUCAGUGGUUCUCAACCUGUGGGUUCGCAGAUGUUAUGGCCUUCAACUCCCAUAAAUCCUAACAGCUGGUAAACUGGCUGGGAUUUCUGGGAGUUAUAGGCCAAAACACCUGGGGACCCACAGGUUGAGAACUGUUAGCCUAGAUGAAAAAAAUUUAAAUGCUAGAGGGCUAGCUGAGUAAGAAUUACAAUGUUAGGGUAGAACAUACUCCAUUCAAUGACCAUUCAAAUCAAGAAUAAUCUGGUUUUUAAAAAGAAAUUAGGCAAAAGAAGGGUGAGCAAAUACAUAUUGUUUACAUACUUGAUACAAGUAUUAGAAUUCAAUGUUUGAAUACGAUAAAAUCUAUUUCAUUUUAGCUCAAAAUAAUACAGAAAACAGUUCUUUGUUUUCCUUGCUAGGAAAAAAAUGGAAGUUUGAAAUAACUUCAUUUCUGAACAUUUUAGAUAGCUUUCCCUUCAAUCUAUAGCAGUCCCUUUUCACAAUGGGUAUGAUUUUAUUGAGAAUUGCUCACUUUUGCUGAGCUCAAAAGCAUUGUAGUCAUUCUGCAUUUUUAAGAAAACUGGAUUGUUAUAAUGCUUCCAUAUUGGUGGUAGGUGGGAUACUUAAUCCUGAGGGAUUUUCAUUUGAACUCUUGCAUUGCACUAAAGACGUGGAUGAAAACUACAGGCUUCGAUCCUCCUGCAUGGAUCCAAACAACAAGGCCCCUCCCUGUGUAUGUUUGGACUUUUGAAUUUAUUUUGUUUAGAGUUUCAUUGCCAUACUCUAAAGCCUCUUCUUUUCUUGCAUAAUGUUAACACCCUUGCUGACAUGACAAAAUAUAAAAGUGUGAUCCUUGAGACUCACGUUGCUCCGUGACACACAAGCCAUAAUGAGAAAUGAUUCAUGUCCUCGGGAGAUUUGGUGUCAUCCGAGUGUAUUAGGCAAAGACUUUUUUUCAAAGCUGGGCCAGGCAGUUCUGACUUCGAUAUGCGUAUUUGAUUCCAAGAUUUCCAUUUGUUUUGAUGCAAGGGUUCAUUUUAGGCUAAGGUGUAAUUACGAUCCUCUGUUCCAGUUUAAAUCUGUCAGGUGAAAACUGAGAGAAGUCUGUAAUGCUUGGGUUGUACGAGUUUUUGUAUACCUCCUGGUGUGACUCUUGCUUUGUGAAAAAUGAGACUUGUUUCCAUAGAUUCACUUAUAGCCAGAAUUCCUGGGCUGGUUUUAGAAAAUAUUAUUCUUAAUUGUUGAAAUACGGUUCCUUAUAGUGUUACAUAUACUUUGUGGUAGAUUUACCCUUCUCCAGCCAGUCUGUUCUAUGUUUUCACUUGUAUUUAUGGCAGCUGAUAAAAGAUAUUUUUGAAACAUGGCGCUAACAUCAAAGAAACUUUUGCUUUUAGUGUCAGAAAUCAAAAGUUUGGGCAGAUGGUACUGAACUAGGAAGAAUUAUGCAGCUUAACUAAUUUUCAAUUAUCAUCACCUCCCCCAUCACAAUGAAAUUAUGAUUUUUGCACAGACAUUUGAAAAUCUUUGCUUUAAAUUAUUUUUUGUAAUACAUGUCAAAACUCAGAUGAUCCUUAUUUGAUGUUGGAAGUGGGUAGUACCUGAAUAUGAACUUAAAAAGCUAAAGUUGUCACCUUAGUACUACAAGAUACGUGUAACCUAGUCUACCAUCUAGCACCGCAGUUCCCAACCUGUGGUCCUCCAGGUGUUUUGGACUUCAACUCCCAGAAAUUCUAGCCAGCUUACAAUGUGUUAGAAAUUGUGGGAGCUGAAGUCCAAAACACCUGCAGGACCAAAGGUUGGGAACCAGUGAUCACAGUGGUUCUCAACCUGGAGUCCCCAGAUGUUUUUGGCCUACAACUCCCAGAAAUUCUAGCCAGCUUACCAUCUGUUAGGAAUUGUGGGAGCUGAAGUCCAAAACACCUGCAGGACCAAAGGUUGGGAACCAGUGAUCUAGCACAGUGGUUCUCAACCUGGGGUCCCCAGAUGUUUUUGGCCUUCAACUCCCAGAAAUCCUAACAGCUGGUAAACUGAGAUUUCUGGGAGUUGUAGGCCAAAAACAUCUGGGGACCCCAGGUUGAGAACCACUGAGUCAAGCAUGCUGCUAUAUAGAUGAGGAAAAACAAGGCCCAGUGCAAAAUAUGGCCACUUGCAGAAUUUGAUAUGGCUUAGAUCAGUGGUUCUCAACCUGGGGUCCCCAGAUGUUUUUGGCCUUCAACUCUCAGAAAUCAUAACAGCUGGUAAACUGGGUGGGAUUUCUGGGAGUUGUAGGCCAAAAACAUCUGGGGACCCCAGGUUGAGAACCACUGAGUCAAGCAUGCUGCUAUAUAGAUGAGGAAAAACAAGGCCCAGUGCAAAAUAUGGCCACUUGCAGAAUUUGAUAUGGCUUAGAUCAGUGGUUCUCAACCUGGGGUCCCCAGAUGUUUUUGGCCUUCAACUCUCAGAAAUCAUAACAGCUGGUAAACUGGGUGGGAUUUCUGGGAGUUGUAGGCCAAAAACAUCUGGGGACCCCAGGUUGAGAACCACUGAGUCAAGCAUGCUGCUAUAUAGAUGAGGAAAAACAAGGCCCAGUGCAAAAUAUGGCCACUUGCAGAAUUUGAUAUGGCUUAGAUCAGUGGUUCUCAACCUGGGGUCCCCAGAUGUUUUUGGCCUUCAACUCUCAGAAAUCAUAACAGUUGGUAAACUGGGUGGGAUUUCUGGGAGUUGUAGGCCAAAAAUAUCUGGGGACCCCAGGUUGAGCACCACCGGCUUAGAUGGAGGAUAUUUGUUUGGGAAAUAAGAUAGUGACACUGAGAUCAUCCAUUUGUGUCCAUCACAUUUACUCUGUGAGGAUGCACCAAAGCUAACUGUCAUAAAUAGGACCUCAAGAUGCUACUGAAUGAUGUUCCCAGGUCUUUGCAAGAGUGGGGCUCUUGAAAUAUUCUUCUUUUUCAUUCCACUUCUGUAACACUAAGGCUACACUUCCUGGAACUCAGUCCUUGGGUGAUAGAAAUUGAGACCUUUUCUUUAAGGUCACUGAAUCUGCAUUGCACAUUUGAUCCCAAUGGCGUAUUCACACCAAUAGGUGAGAGAUCAUGUUUUAUUAUGAAUUGUUGCUAUGCUAUUAACUUAGAGGUUGAGAAAAUCUGGUGAUUUUUUUUGUUUCCUCGCCAUACACUGGACCCUAAAAACCCAUCAGAAAAGUUUCUUCUAGUAGUAAUACUACUACUAUUAUAGUAGAAUAUAGUCAAACUAUAUUGAGUUCAGAUAAAGGAAACUUUCUUCUUUGGCAAAUGAGUUCAAGCGGGAACAAAACCAGCCCUUUUAGCUUCUUGUACUAGGCAUCAGUUCCAGGCUCUCCAAGCAUGUUUCUUGAAGUCCAACAGCCUUCAUACAAAUUUAAUCCAUACAGUUUUAACAUGAAGCGUUGGCAUACUUCCUACAUAGUUUUGUGACUCAGCGGGGGGAGGAGGGGGCUUAAAACCAACUUAUUGACCAAUAAUACCGCAUAUCUCUUACGAGUCUUUCAUCCCAUCUUGAGGCAGGACUGCAGGAACCACUAGCCUAGUGGUUCCCAAGCUGUGCUACCAGUCAGUUUAACCAGAACUUCUUGAGAAACAAAAAUGUUCAUAUAUAUAGUUGCAAUAUGUGUAUUGUACUCUAGAAAAGGCUGCAGAUCCUAUGUAUGAGCAGCUUUUAAACCAUUUCUGGUGUGGUUUAGAAUUCCACUUUUUUCUCGGAUUCAGAAGCAAAAAAGUGAACCCUUAGAUCCCUGGGGGGAAAUCACAAACGUUUCAACAGGGACCUGAUUUUUUGUGGCAGGGAAUGGGGGUAUCCCAGUCCACACAUCAUUUCUGCGUAUACACUAGGGCCUGUGAAAGAGGCCACGGUGCCACUGAGAAGCCAGUUAAGGCAAACAACUUCCCCCCCCUCAUCACGUAACGUUUAAAAGUAACCUAGGCUGCAGAUAGAGCAUACUUACUUGGGUGUGAGCCCACUGAAAUAGUGGGGCUUGCUUCUAAGUAAACAUGGUUAGGAUCAGGCGAUAAGAAUCCUAAACAAACUACAAUGUGUUCUCUUUUGUUUUUAAUUUUUAAUCUAGUUAGCAGCAUUUGAACCGCAGAGGUUGAAUCAUUAUAGUAGCUAACUUACCUGACAUGUAUUUUGCUAAAUAUGCAUGUUCUUCUAUUUUUAAUUUUUGUUUUCCCCGCACCUCCACCCCACAACCUCCUUUGUUCUGGUUUUAUCUUGUGCUGAUUUAUUUGAAGUCCAUUUUUAAUGUUUAAAAGAAACCUAAUGAACACACACUUGGUUAGAAACCUUUCCGUCUUUAAUUGCUAUUUACUGGUCAUUGCAUAAAGGAGAGACACUGUUGCUCAUUUUAUAGUUAAUUUUUAAAAUUAGAUUAUUUUUUCCUUUUCAAUUUUGAAAGAUUUCUCCCUUCCCACAUGCACCUUAUCUGUCUAUAAUAUUACCCUCUCAGAUGGGAUGUACACUUUUUCUGACUAUAACCAUUGCUCUUGUAUUUUGGUAGAUGCUUUGUUGAUAGUAACUAAAUGCCUAGUAAGAUUUUAAAAGUAAAAACUUCAAUCUCAGUUGUUCUUUUAAGCCAGUCUUUCCCCUCACACACCCUUCUCGAGUAACCUUGAAGUUCCAUUUUUACCGUAUCUAUAUCUAUAUCUAUAUAUCUCCCCACCACCACCACUAUUAAAGAUGUUUAGCUUAAGAUUUUAGCUUUAAAGAGACAAACAUACAAACCAAUCUUUUGCCGAAUGGAGUAAAUCUGAUUUUUUUUUCUUGUUAGUGAUCCCCCGUCAAUUGCAAGCUCAUGCUUUAUUUAAAUGGGAUGGUGAUAAGAAAUUCAUUGUUCCCUUCUUUUAAAAAGAGAUUAUCAUUUUUCUUUUUAUGCUAUAACACUUGUUCUUAGUGGAUGGAUAAAUGUUCUCUUUACUACCCCCCAAACAACCUUGAUAAUCAAAUCCCCAUCUCCCCGAUCCUUGCACCCCACAACAAGCUCCAUAGGUUGUUGGGUUUUUUUAAUCAGUGUAAGUUUGGACAGGUUGCUCAAAAUCAGGGGAAACUCGCAGUAGGUUUGCAAUCAGAAGGCUUGGGUGUCUUUUGGGAAUGUUUUUUGCUGGUGGAAUCUUGGCGCGUUGUUCAUCUAUUGAUGAUGGAGAGAGACUUACAGUGCUUAAUAAAGUCUAUUCUUUUAGUAAAAAAAAA